GCUCCAGAGGAAAAGACGCACACGUCGCUGCAGCUCAGACGCGCAAAGCAGCGAAACCUCCGCGUGUUUCUGCGCAAAGACCGAAGGGGAAGAAAAGCGCCGCGCUGCUGCUGCUCCGGAUUAACGGACCCGAGGAUGCGGGAGACGCUCGACUCAGAUAAGUAGGAAAUUCAAGUCAACGUGUUUUGUUCCAGAUCAGAAGCAGCAAACACGGAAGAAAAGUAGGCGCCAGAUUAAAGAUUUUGAACCCAUUAAGACUUUUGGACAAUCGGAUGAUUAAUAAAAUCUUCCGGAUGAUCGAGGUGUCAAGUUUUUAUCUCCGAGAUCAACCUGUGCGUAAACUGUGCGUAAUUCUUGGAUGAAAGCGCGCAGGGACGCAGACUUUGGACAACUCGUCUGAAUCGGUGCACACCGGCGGGAUGUAGUAUUUUGCUGGAGCUCAGAGGAGGAAUUUCUUUUGACAACCUCAGGAAAAUGAACUUCGCAAACCGCCUCCGUUCACUUUCUGCGCCCUGAAGACGCAGCGAGCCAUGGGUUGAAAGCGACGGACUGCGGGGAUGUUCAGCGAGGGAGGGAGCAGAGAUGUCUGUGUUAUGUAAUGAUUGACAGCGCCUGAUAAGACUAAUUAGUGGUAAUAUAAUAAGGACCCCCCCCUCCCCUCCCCUCAUUACCCCUCCACCCUUUACCCUUUACAUCCUCUACUCGUCCCGGAAAAAGUAUCUGAGAGGUUCUGUGAUUAACCCAAAACCUGAGAUCGUUUGCUCCAAACGCAAAUAAUCAGGUUUAUGUCACAUGUCAGUGGAUAAAUUAAUAUUCUUCUUAUUCCUCUCUAUCUAUUCUUUUCCUCAGAGAAUCAUCAAAGACAAGUUCAUUACAGGUCCUUAAAAAGCCAUUCUCUGUUUAUUGUAAGAACUUGUUUAGAUCCAUCAUGAUGCAACAAACUCUGGAACUGCUCCGUGCAGAUUUCACAAGGUUCUGCAAGAUGACGGUGACUUCAGGGAAUCAGACUUUUAAUAACGCUGUCCUGAGCUUCUUUCUGAGCUUUGAAUUCUCUUCUUGGCAUCGCAACAUGUUUAAUGGCUGCUGAGAUGUUGUAAUGCUCUUUCCCGCCCUCACAUUUGAGGAUAUGUAGUCACUUUUAAACUCUCAAACCUUUAAUCCCCUGUGACUUCUUGUUUGUGAACGUCAGAAGCUCAUCAGAAGCUUCACCAGAGACUCGGUCGGUCCCUCCCUCCCCCCCAUCAGGGCUGGUGGGGGGGGUGGAUCUCAGGCCCCACGGGGGUCAAAACUGUGGCGCUGGCUGGCGGCGGAGGCCAUACCCUCAGAGGCAGGGCUCCCGCCAUGGAGACCAGCCCUGAGAGCCCCAACCGGGCAGUGGAGUACCUCCUGGAGCUCAACAACAUCAUCGAGAGCCAGGCCAAGCUCCUGGAGACCCAGCGGCGGCGCAUCGAGGAGCUGGAGGGCCAGCUGGACCGGGUCACCCAGGAGAACCAGGGACUGAGGCAGGAGCGCAGCCCACGCACGCCUGGUUCGGAGACCCCAGAGCAGAACCACAACCACAGCCAGCCUCUGUCUCUCCCCAUCCAUCGUGACAGUGGCGGUGGUGGAGGUGGUGGUGGUGGUGGUGGUGGUGGUGGUAGCAGUGGGAACGGUAGCGCACCAACACCUCAGGCAACAACUGCAACAGCCACAACUCCAGGGCCCAGCAGGGAGAGGAGGACCCACACCAGGCUGACCAGAGGCCUCUCCUGCAGCUCCUCCACCACCGAGCGAGACCGACUCGAACGCACCGACAGCACAGACACCAACGCCAGCUCCACCUUGCGUAGAAAUGUGGAAGGGGAGUCCCAGUGUCCAGAGACGGGCACCCACAAGGACAGCUCUUUCGGCCAGGCGCCUUACCUGCGCGGCUCAGAACGCUACAGUGACAGCGGCGGCGGCGGUGGCAGCGGCGCACCCCCUGGAACCCGGGGCCCUUCGUGCGUGGCCGCCUCCAGCUCAGCCAGCUUGGCCUGGGCUCUACGGACACGCCACCAACCUGCAAGUCUGGCCCUCCGCAAGCAAGAGGAGGAGGAGAACAAGAGAUGCAAGCCCCUCUCGGAGAGCUAUGAACUCUCAACAGAUCUGCAGGAUAAGAAGGUGGAGAUGCUGGAGAGAAAGUACGGUGGCUCCUUCGUGAGUCGCCGAGCAGCGAGGAUCAUCCAGACGGCCUUCAGACAGUAUCGCAUGAACAAGAACUUCGAGCGCCUCCGAAGCUCCGCGUCAGAGAGCCGCAUGACCCGCCGCAUCAUCCUGUCCAACAUGAGACUGCAGUAUUCGUUUGAUGAGCGGCAGCCUCCGCAGCAGGCCCAGACACAGACCAGCUUCACCCACAAUGUGGCCAUCGGGCCUCCUCAUUCCCCCGAUCCAGACCGCCCAGGAGAAUACACCCACUUAGAGGACUCCUUCUCCAAACAGGUCAAGUCCUUAGCUGACUCGAUAGACGACGCCCUUACCUGCCGCGCGGGUCGCGAUGACUCCCAGGAGGGCAGCAGGGAGGGUGGAGGUAUAAGCGAGGACUUCGGCGAGUGUGUGUGGAGCAGUAGCAGCAAUCCAUCCUCCCAGAGAGGUCUGGGAGAAAGAGCCAGGGGAGCUGGAGGAGGACUCAGUAUGCACGGCGACAGCACGGCCACUUCGUACAGUGAUGUCACCUUGUACAUGGAUGAUGGGAUGCCGUCGUCACCCCUGUCCCUCGACCGGGCCCCCAGCAGCACAGAUACAGAGUACUGGGGCCCCGGUGGUGGUGUUGGAGGGCGUGAGGACAGCAGGGACACGGAGGGAGGGGGUAGCAGUAACAGCCGGCGUAGCACCCCAUGCACAGAGUGCAGGGACUAUCGUCUGAGGGGCGCACAUCUGCCUCUUCUCACCAUUGAGCCGCCCAGCGACAGCUCAGUGGACAUGAGUGACCGUUCAGACCGAGGCUCUCUGAGCAGACAGCUGGUCUUCGAGCAGGAGCCUGGGGUGGGAGCUGGCUCCCCUCAGGGAACCCUCAAACACUCCCCCAACACGGGCGCCCGCCAGGCCUCCGCUGCAGCCGCCCAGGGUCAGACACGGGCCCCCAGCAGACCCAUUCCAACACAUAUCCCUCAACAGGUGGCUGCUCACCAUCACCAUCACCACCAUCCUAUCCACCACCAUCAGUACUCAGACACCCCUUCAUCCUCCUCCUCCCCACAGCAGCCCCCCACCACCCCACUCUCCUCCUCCUCCUCUACGGCUCUGCCCCCCGGUGGCCUGGAGCAGCCGUGCUGCUCAGACGGAGACAACGACUCACUCAACUCCACCACCAACUCCAACGAGACGGUCAACUGCAGCUCAGGCUCCUCAUCUCAGGACAGCCUGCGGGAGCCUUUACCUCCUCUGGGCAAGCAGACGUACCAGAGAGAGAGCCGCCACAGCUGGGACUCUCCGCCCUUCAACAGCGAUGUGGUGCAGAGGCGUCAGUACCGCAUAGGCCUCAACCUCUACAACAAGAAGCCAGAGAAAGGGAUCCAGUACCUGAUCGAAAGAGGGUUUGUCUCUGACACUCCAGUGGGGAUUGCUCGCUUUAUCCUAGAGAGGAAGGGCCUGAGCAGGCAGAUGAUUGGAGAGUUUCUUGGGAACCGGCAGAGACAAUUCAACAAAGAUGUUUUAGACUGCGUGGUGGAUGAGAUGGACUUCUCAGGUAUGGACCUGGACGACGCUCUGAGGAAAUUCCAGGCUCAGAUUAAAGUUCAGGGUGAAGCCCAGAAAGUGGAGAGGCUCAUCGAGGCUUUCAGUCAGAGAUACUGUGUGUGUAAUCCCACCCUGGUUCGGCAGUUCCAGAACCCGGACACCAUCUUCAUCUUGGCCUUUGCCAUAAUUCUCCUCAACACAGACAUGUACAGUCCCAACGUCAAAGCCGAGAGGAAAAUGAAACUGGAGGAUUUCGUCAAGAAUUUGAGAGGAGUUGACAACGGUCAGGAUAUACCCAGGGACCUGCUGGUUGGGAUCUACCAGCGGAUACAGAAAUGGGAGCUACGGACCAAUGAUGACCAUGUGUCCCAAGUGCAGGCGGUGGAGAGAGUCAUCGUGGGCAAGAAGCCUGUGAGUGUGCUGUCCCUUCCCCAUCGCAGGCUGGUGUGUUGCUGCCAGCUCUACGAGGUGCCUGACCCGAACAGACCUCAGAGGACGGGAGUGCACCAGCGAGAGGUCUUCCUCUUCAAUGACCUUCUGGUGGUGACCAAAAUCUUCCAGAAGAAGAAAACCUCAGUGACUUAUAGUUUCAGACAAUCGUUCCCUUUGGUUGAGAUGCAAGUGCACAUGUUCCAGAACUCUUACUACCCUCAUGGGAUCCGCCUGACCUCAGCAGUCCUGGGAGGGGAUAGGAAAGUUCUUAUCGUCUUCAUGGCACCAAGUCAGCAAGAUCGCACCCGCUUUGUGAGCGACCUCAGGGAGAGCGUUGCUGAAGUGCAAGAGAUGGAGAAAUACAGGGUUGAGUCGGAGUUGGAGAAGCAGAAAGGUGUGAUGCGACCCAGUUUGCUGUCUGGAGGUGGGGUUGGAGGAGGUGUGGGAGGGAAGAGCGAUGUUGUGAACGGCACCCUGGGAAGGACGAGUUUCGAUGACAGCUGCUCAGUGGGUGAGGGUCUGAAACGCACGGCGCUCAGCUCAUCUCUCAGGGACUUAUCGGAGACAGGGAAACGUGGUCGCAGGAACAGUGUUGGUUCUCUGGACAGUACCAUGGAAGGAUCCAUCAUUAGCAGCCCACAGCCUCACCAGCGCUAUCAAGUGCCAGGUGUGGUUCCUGGCUGCUAUGGAACAGAAGACUUCCGGCCUCACCGCCCCAUCCUGAGCCCCGGAUCGGGGGUGGGGGGUGGGCCGGGGCAGCAACAUACCACUGCUGGGACAGGAGUUGGGGGAGUCUCCAGCAGUGCAGAGAGAGCAGGAGCGGGGAGCGUCCCUGGGGGGAGCAGCAACAACAACAGCAGCUCCUUCCUGGGCUCCUUAUUCGGCAGCAAACGCGCCAAACCACCAGGGCCCCUUAUUCCACCGGGGCCACCUUACCCCGCACCUGUCCCCCCACUGACUACGGGAGGGCCCCCUCCUCACUCCCCUUCAUCUCUGCUGUGCCAGUUGGAGGGGGGGCCUUCCAAGAUCCAGGCGCUGCACGCACAGUACUGUCACGUGGGCAGCGUGCAGCCCCCGCCACCUUACUACCAUCACCAUCGCUACCACAUCCAAACUGUCACCCCUCCUUUACAAGGUGUGGCCACUCAUACUAUACACAGAGGCCCACUACCCUGUCGUCCACCCCUUGGCCCACUGCACGUCCCGCACCCGCAGCUGGCCCAUCUCUCCCAGCUUUCCCAGCAUGGGCUGCCGGGUCGUUACGCCAACAUGGUUGUGGGGUGUCCCCCCCCCCUUUCUCCUCUCUCCCAGCAUUCCCAGAACCCACAGUUCACCCUGUACCAUGCGCAGCCCACACACUCUAUCAGAGGGGGCGGCGUCCCUGGCACCAAACCCCCGCUAACGUUGUCUCACUCCCACCCGCACCCCCACGCACACUCCCAAACCCACCCCGGACACGUACACACACCACACCCAGGCAGCCAUUCUACCCACCAAACACACUUUAUAUUCGGCACUCUGCCCCACAACCUGCCGUCCGCCUCCGUCAAUGCACAUCACGCUGCGUCCGUCGCCCCGUAUCUGCCCCAGUACCCACCUCUCUCUUCCAUCCCCCUCCCCACCGCACUCCCCUUUACCCCCUUCGUCCCCCUUACCCCUCUUACACCUCUCUCCUCACCCCCCCCAGCACCCCGGGCAGCCUCAGCAAGGGCCGCAGGUGACGGGAGCUGGAGCGACAGGUACAGGGGGCAGCUCCAAAUCCAAGCCUAUCAACCGGAUAAGUACCGUGGUAUGAGCAGGAUGUGGGGCCACAGGGGUCAGAGGUCAGAUGAUAGAGUGGUGGAGGCGGGCAGAGCGAGGUCGAGAUCCAAGUCUGCCAGGACAGAAACCAACAGCAGCAGCACUAGUGACAAGAGGAAACGCAGUUUGCUUCGUCUCUGCUACUUUCACCUCCGUUUCCCACAUAUGUAGGCGGAGAUAAAAAGCACAGCCAGAGUUAAAUAACACGUGCACACAUCUUGAAACCUGAACACAUAAGAACACACACACAUACAUGCACACCGACAAGAACAAACACCCCCCCCAACCAUUCCACACAGAAGUCAAAAAAGUCUAUAGCCAUAUAAUCUAAGAUGGAACUACAUCUAUAUUUAUUUAGAUUGUCUGAAAUCUAGUUGAGUCUGUAUGAGACCAUUUACAUUUUCAGUAUCGAGUGUGAUGAUAUGACACUGGAAACACAGAGACCAUAUAUAUAUAUAUAUAUAUACACACACACACAGUAUAAAUAUAUAUCCAGCUGCUUACAUGGGGAUGUAAAUAAAGACUAAGCCACCUAAUGCAUUCCACUGGAGUUUGGCAUUAAAAUAGCAGAGAGUUGCAAAAAAAAUGCCCUUGACUUUGCAAUAAUUUCCUUGGUUUCAUGAUGUCUUUGUCCACUUUUGCAGUUUCUGCUUUGCUGACAAGCAUCUUUUUUUUCUUCUAAUGAAGACCUCAGAUAUGUUGCUUUGUCUUAAACUUUAAAACCAGUGCACGGUUUCCUGACAGUCUUUUGCUUAAAUGGUCUUUUACAUGUCAACAGGAGCCACCUGGCUUUACAAUGCAUUCCUCGUGGGGUAUAUGGGAAUUAUGGAUACAAUCAAUAAUAUAUUUUAAUGUUUCUGAAGCUUCUUGCUGUUUUAUUGAUAUUAUACCUGCUAUGAGUGAUGAAUAUUGUCCAAUAAUUGUUUUGAUCAGUGAUAAAUUAUAUCAGCAGAUGUUUGUACAUGGUUAUAGAGAGUAUAUGCACAUAUAAAUUCCCUCGGUUUGUCACGAUGACGAGAGGGUGUUCUAAUAUGUGAAGUUUGAUUUAUUUCCAUCGUACUAUGGUUUCCAUUGAAUUCAUCUUUUAAUAAUUAGUAUCAUUGAUUGGGGAAAAAUAAUGAAUGAGGUUUAGUUUUGUUCAAAUGAGUUUGAACACCGACAAUAUUCCUGCUUUUCUGUUCUAUGAUGUGAGCACAUUGGAGCAAACGUUCUCCAAUCGUGUGAUCAUCAAAACUAGAACUUUCAGAAUGGAUCGGAGUUUGUUUCUUUUUUUUCAUUUUGAUGAGGUUCCCUGUACAGAAAGAAAAAUGUGAUUUAGGGAAAAAGACCUGGAUUUUGGAAGAUGCCGUCCCCUCAUAAUUAUACAGGGCACCUCUGCUCACUUAUCUGCAGUCAUCCGAUUUAGCCAUUGUGUGUUUUUCUAUGUUUUGAAGAAGCACGCUUUUACAUGAGGUUUUGUGGUUUUGCACACGUGAUGUCUUAAGUCAGAAAUGGCCUUCUUCUGAUCCCCCCCUCUUCUGCCACCUUUAGAAAUCUCUUACUAUAUUUCCUGAUGCUUUGGCAUCCUGCUGAGGGCUCCUCGCUUAAAACAAAAAAGUACAACAUAAGUCAAGAAUGUAACAUAGCCUGCAGGUAUAUAUUGUAUUUCCUUUUCUUUUACUGUGGGCUUCGUAUAAGUGUCGUCCCUUUUUGCUACUGCAAUUUUUGAAGUUGAAAUUAAGCACUGGUGUGGUUUACCUCCAGUGCCGUUAAUCGCCAAGAGAACACUUCAUAGAACCUGAUUCAGGAGAGGAUGAAUCAGUUCGGACAAAGUUAAGAAAAUCUAUGGAACAAGUUACUGGAGUUGAAGAAGAAAUUUAAGAAGAUCCGGAUCCUCAUGAGAAGGAUUUUUACAGAGAUGUGAAGAGAGUCAUGAAUGUCAGAUGAAUAUUUUAUAGGUAUGUGUUGGCUAGCCUUUUCUUUUUAUUGUGUCCUUUUUGACUCUUCUUGCAUGAAUAUAUCUGCACUUAUUGAAUAGAUUGUACUGUAUAAACCUGAAUGUACAUAUUAUACUAUACAUAGGCUUCUUAUAUUAACUAUGGGAUGAUCUCCUCCCUGUCUGCAUUCAGGUGCGUGCAUGUGAGUGCCACUAAGUAUGUACAUAUAAAAGAAGGACAGGGACAGAGGACGUUGGCCAAAAGGAAAUACUGACUUCUUUUCAUUUUCUUAUUAUUUCCGACUGAAGAUGAGAGAAUGAGUUACCAUGAUAUAAAUUAUUAAAGCCCAAAAAAGAGUAUAUGUCAGUGCACUUAUUGAUAUUAUUUUAAACAAAUGAGUUAAAUUUUUUCCUUUGUGUUUGUAAAAUGUGUACUGAAAGAAUAGAGAAUUGAGAUGUGAAUAUUUAUUGCUUCUGAUAAAUUAAAGUGUCCUUGCAGUGAA